AUGCGCACCUUCCCAGCCCUAACCUUUACCAGGAAGGCGCUCCUCCUGAGCGCUCUAGCGCACCUAGCCUCCAUCGCUCUUACCCUCCCCCAGAACCAGGGCACAUCGUACACCCUCUCGUCCAGAACCGUGACCUCCACGACCUCAAGCUCAACGCACUUAUCUCCCUCUCUCAUCCACAGCAGUCUCCCCACCCCUACAGCCGACAACGACCAAGCCGAGAGGAACGACCAAGGAGCCGAUGUCACAACCGAAACCAUCUUCUCAACCAUCAUCAUCCCGACCGCCACAGAGCUGACCACCAUCCUCACCGUCGUCACCAACGCACCCCACGAUACUACUCCUUCGGCUUCCUUGAUCACCUCUUCUACAUCCAAACCUGCCGCCCCUAACCCUCACUGCAUCGUUGAGGGAGGAGAAGAUGGAAUCUGCGUCACUGUCGUCCCCAUCUGGCCCACCGACACCCUCGCGCAAGCCGUGAAGAGACAGGUCAACUCCAACUCGAUCUCCUACUACUCCACAGCCCUAGUUACCUCUACCGUGGUCGUCCACCCCACUAUCACAAAGGUGUUGACGGCGAUUCAUGCUCCUAACACAACCUACACGCUGAUCGGGCCCUAA